CUUCCAACGAUUUUUAUUGUUAUUUUCAUAUAAGGACCGUCAGCAUACAGUAGUGGGAUAUGCAGCCAACGCCUAUAACGGCAGCGCCAGAAGUGCUGGAUUACUUUCGAGAAGAAUUAUCAGUACAAACAUGCAUGCGAAGUAGCACAUUGUCUUUCAUGAAGGGCUUUAUGCUUGGUCAACUCUCAGUCAUUGUCGUGAUUGUACUGGCGUUACGCUAUUUAUUAAUGGAAGAUGUCAAGCGCGUCAAAAAGAUAUAUCCCUUCACGGUUAUCGACAUCCCCACCUUCUCGGGCGAAUGCUGCCGCGGCAGGCCAAUUACCGGCAGCAUACAUUACCUCAAAAACGUACUACGAUGUCAUUCACCACCCACCAGAAAGCACAGACUGGCUUAACGUACUUUUGGCACAAGCUCUGAUGGCAUAUCGAGACGACGCAACUAUUAACAACAGACUGAUAUUAGCUGUGGAUGAAGUGUUAAAUGGUGGCGUUCGGCCUAAUUUCGUCGGACCUAUUCAUGUCACUGAACUCAAGUUGGGUGAAGAAUUUCCGAUUUUCAGCAGCGCUCGUAUACGACCAUCCGAUGACAUUGGUUCCAUGAGAGCUGAAAUCGAUUUUGAGUAUAAUGAUCAAAUCACACUGGGGAUGGAAACACAACUUAUCCUCAACUGGCCCAAGCAAGCUUUUGCCGCAUUACCCGUGUCGCUCCUCUUGUCCGUUGUUCGGUUCUCUGGAACGCUGACCAUUGAACUGAUCAAUCCGCCUGAAACUACCACAAAACCAGAACGACCGCUCGAACGCUAUAUCGCCAUUUCUUCCUAUUCCGACUUUGUACUCGACUUUAAUGUACGCUCCUUGAUCGGUUCACGGACAAAGCUCGAAGACCUUCCAAAGCUGACAGAUUUGAUCACUACCAAACUACGGAAUGUUUAUAUUGAUAAAUUGGUGUAUCCAAUGUUUGUCAAGGUCAAGGUGCCGAAAAUGUGGGAAGAACGGGAUAAAAAGACACAGCAGCAACAACAGCAGGAGGAGCAGGAAGAACCCAAGACGACGCCUCCUCAAUAGGGUUAAAAACAAAAGCGAAAGAGAAAAUGGAGGAACUAGUAGAAGAUAUUAAAGAAGCAUGAUUUACGAUAUCCAUCUUACU